AUGGUCGACAAGCGAGCUUACCCUGCGUCCUCGCAGCGCGACUCGUCCGAGGAGGCCUCGAAGCGCCAGAAGAUCGUCAACAACCCCCUGAAGAACAUCCGUGCCAUCGUCGAGCGGGCCCCUCGUGACCUCGGCCACACCUCCGAGUCCCCCGUCCCCCAGACCCCCGCGACCAUCGAGUCCGACAUCCCCAUCGCCGAGCGCGCCAUCAACAAGUUCUCCAAGCGCCCCGCCGGCGAGAACACCUUGAACUUCCACAAGGCCCCUCCCAAGAUGGCUCCCCUCCGCCCGGUCCCCAACUUCGCCCUUCCCACCCAGCAGCAGGCGUUCAAUGAUUUCAUCUCUCAGAACAUCCAGUCGGCCCCCGUCAGCACCGACGAGAUGGACCUGCUCAAGCACCUCGAGGCGUCCGACUUCGACGACUCCGCCGAGGGCAUCAUCAAGAGAAUGAACUCCACCGGCUUCCGCAUCACCGCGCCCAUGGCCCCGACCCCCGACAUCACUUUCGACGGCCUCCCCUCCGACGGCGGCGCUCGUAAGACGUACAACCCCAACAAGGGCCUGGUCGAACAGCUUCUGGGCAUGAAGGAGUGGGAGUGGCACGAUCGCCUCAAGGGUCACUCCUCCGAUUCGAUCACCCCCCGGAACGUCCCCGCGUCUGGCAACAACCAGUCUGCCACAACCAACCACAACAUUGCCAACCGCCCCGAGAACGAGGACGAGCAGUUGGAGUUGGUGGAGACUCUCACUCCGAUCAGCAGCCCCUCGAGCUCCUCGGCCAGCGAGACCUCCGACACCCAGUCUCCCAUCGCCAACGAGCACACUGACACCACUCUCCCCUCCCUCCCCGCCGCCAUGACGAGCCUCAACAACUUCAUCGCCUCCGUCAACGUGCCCUCCGGCCUCAACCGUCGCGCCAUCCCCGCCUGGGCCCCCGACUACCCGACCAACUUCCCGCAAACCAACUACAUCAUCAUCCCCCGCUCCCACCUGGAGGACGUCAUCACGAACCUCACCAUCGCCCGCAUGUUCUCCCAAGCCAUGCUGGCCAGGACCCAGCGCGCCCGCGAGACCCACGACACCUGCCGCGCCUCCCUCGCCGCCCUCCGCGACUCGCUGCCCGCCCUGGGCGAGCUCUCUUCCACCGUCGCCGAGGUCGAGUCCGAGGCGUACUCCAUUGACAAGUGGAUCGACCAUGUCGCCAAGGCCCUCCAGAGCCUGGGCAACGGCGCGGCUUCCUACUAUUGA